AUAUCAAAACCUCCCAUGUUAUUUAUGCCUCUCAGCUUUCAAGUUUCAAUCCUCCUGUAGUGGAAACUCAGCUUCUCAACUCUGAGAUGAAUGCCACAAAAGCUUCACUACCUAUGCUCAAUAGCACAGGCAGCCAGCACAAGGGAGAAAUGGGUAAAACACUUCAGGGAAAAAGUCUCAGAAUUGUCUCCCCUGAGUCUCCUGUUAAGCUUUACUGCUGCUAUGGAGUGAUCACGGUCCUCAGUGUAGCUGUAAUUGCUCUUUCUGCUGCUUUGUCAGUAAGAAAGACAGAACAGAUAUCAGUCAAAAAUACCUAUGCUGCUUGCCCAAGAAACUGGAUUGGAUUUGGAAAUAAAUGUUUUUAUUUUUCUGAACACCUAAGAAACUGGACAUUGGCCCAGGACUUCUGCAUGGCACACGAGGCCCAACUAGCUCGGUUUGACAACCAGGAGGAUCUGAAUUUCCUAAACAGAUACAAGGAGACUUUUGAUUACUGGAUCGGCCUGCACAGAGAGUCGUCAAAUCACCCCUGGAAGUGGACAGACAACACUGAGUAUAACAACUCGAUUCCCAUCUGGGGAGGAGGAAUAUUUGCCUACAUGAACAAAAACAGGAUCAGCAGUACCAGGAUCUAUGCAUCUCGGAGAUGGAUCUGUAGCAAGCUCAACAGCUAUAGCCUCCACUGUCAAUCUCCUUUUUCUCCUUUCUAGCACUUACCAAGAGAUGCUUCUUAGCCUGUUAUCUAUGGGUGCUGCUCUUUCCCCUAUAGUCCCAUAUUGCUACCAAAAUGAAUUAAGAAUAUUUCUUAAUAUCACAAAAGAAAGCCAUCUUGGAGAGCUGCAUAUACAGGGGAUUACAAGAACAUAGAUGAGUCUAAAAUAGUUUAUAGACUCAUACAUUAAGCCUAAAGUACAACUAAUGUUAGUGAACCCCUCUCUCAUGAUAUUAAGUUUUUGGGAAGGGAAUUCCAUCUUUUGAAUUAUGAGACCACAAAAAUGAGUCCCCCAACAUGAACAUAACCUUUGGUAAUGAAAGCAGAAUGGCUGGGAUAGUGCCAUGCAUCUGUAGUCCCAGGUACGUAAGGGUUGAAACAGGAGGGUCACAGGUUCAUAAGUGGGGAUUGAAAGCAUGGAAAUGCCUUAAUAAUGAUGGGGAAGAUGAGAAUCCAUCUGUAGCAUCCCAUAAUUUGGAGAAACAUAUUAUACAUGAUUUUCAAAAUUCAAACCAACAUACAGAAGAAUUUUUUAAAAAGUGUGUAAAAUUAAGAUUUACUUUAUACUCUGCUACUUAAAACAUGAGAGACAUUGGUGAAAUGUUUCUCUACAUUAGUGUUUAAUAUUCCGGUUUCUAAUUAUACUGUUCUAAGUAUAAUUAUAAUUACUUACUUAAUCUGUUCUAAGUGUAAUACAUUUUAUAAACAAAUGUCAUUUUAAUUUCACCAUUUUAUUGGAUUUUUUUCACAUCAAAUGUGAGUUAAACUUCUUAAGCACUUAAUACUUAAGUUUACACUAGCAUGUAUAUUAUUGGUGUUAGCAUCCAGAGCCUGUGGUGAUACAUGGGCGGGUCCACAGACCUGUUGCCAGGGCAACAGCCAUCAUAUUCCCAGAAUCCGUUGGGUUUACCUCCUACCUUUACCUGCAGCUGCUAUGUCACAACCCAUAUAUAUGGGAGCAUUCUUCCAUCUUGCUCUCUCUCUCUCCUCUCUUUCUGCCGCUCCAACACAUCAUUUGGUGCCAAAACCCGGGAUGUGGCGGUUUGCGUCAGCACUGGCUGCACUGCCCUGCGGUGGGGCCUACAGAGGUCAUGACCAUGUGAAGCUGUCCCAACACCAGCAACCGCCAGCUGCUAUUGGUACCUGAGUUCGUGGCCCCCUCAGCUGGCAGCUGCUCGCUGCUGCUCACUGAGGACACCAGGCACCACAGAUCAUACCAGAGCUGCAGCCAAGUGCCGCAGGACUACAAAUUCCUACUAUGUGAGCGGCAUCCCACUCAGGUCCCAUUCAGUUCCAUGUUUUCCAUUUACCAGUCUGCUAUAACUCUCGCACAGACACCGGCAUAUUAGUUAAUAGGAUCAGUCAAGGGGAGUACCUCAAGCUUUCCAGAUAAGGCCUGGCCAACCUUCUGUGGAAACAACAGUGUUACAGUCAAGCCUCCCCAGUUGACAUAUACGUUAGGACUUUUACCAUUGGUGCCCCUCCCUCGGAAGCAACUCUCGCUCCCAAUCUUUUACCGGGCUCCAGCAGCCAUCGAAACCUUGGAUCCAGGGUGGGUUGCCUUCCCACAUUUGAGUAUUGUAUUAUCUUUAUUUUAAAGCCAUACUUUACUAUUUAUUAGAUGAAUUAAAGCAUAUUUCAUUCUGAAAA